CAAUUAUCAUUUUUUUAAUGAUAAAAAAAUAAAUAAUACAGUCUUCACAAGACUAUAGCGCGGGUGUAUAUAAAGCGAACCUAAUGGCAGAAUAUUUAUUCUGCAAUGUGGUAAUUACAACUUGUUUUGUUCUGUUCAAUCGAAGAAAAAAAUUAAUCAUGUGUAAAGUGGUGAAAAAUAUCGCUGGCCUGUGGACAAUUUCCAGGUAAGUAUUAUCCAUAUAAUUUGACCCCAAACAAUCACCGUAAAUACCCCUCAGAACUCUUGUAAUUUUAAUAAUCAGUGACACAACAUGAAAAUCCUUUUCGCUGUAUCAUCAAGAAUUGGAUUACGUAAUUCCGCUGUAAAAAAAAACACCGCAAAAUUUUCUUGUAAAUUCCAGUGAACGAGGCGGGAUAUGAAUCAUCCCCGAAACGAAUCGAAAAACCUCUCGCAAAACCCUGUCUCCCGAGGCCCAAUCGUCUCCUUCCCCCCCAGAAAAGCCAUUCUCGUCGAUAAAUCGUUUCAGUCGAUAGUCGUCAGCGAAUGUGACCGGUUCGCGUUGAUCCUUACAACGCACAAGUACACCACUUUGAUAUUACCCACGCGUAAUUCCAUCCCAGUCGUCGAAUGGCUGCAUCCACAGUGAGACGUGGGAUCAUUCGAUCAAGACCGUGCAAGCGAUUAUAAGUGUUGAGAAAAAAAAAAAUACUGGAUUACCAUCGGGAGGAGUCGUCUUAAGGACAACCAUGGUAUCACCAUUGAAAGUCAGUUGAGAGUGAACGAUGAAGUCGACGAACCUGGGGGACAGAUGUCCUAGUGUGCCGAUUCUUCCGCCACCCCGUAAACGCGUGACCCUGGAGCAGAGUUACUCGUCCCCAGGUUAUGCUUCUUCAAGUCCAGGUGGUCGUAGAUACCGUCCACAUAUGUCACUAUCCCUGACACGAUGGCUUGCAUCAAAAAAGUCGUCGAUAGAUGCCGAGGAGAAUGCAGAACCGACGGAAUGCUGCAUGGAUUAUGGAAAGCCCCCACCCAUUGAGGAGCCCCACUGUUACUCCAUGUGCAUGAGUGAAAGCUCCAUCAUUGAUGACGAAGGAGUUCUCUUCGUAUCGCACGACAUCAUCACAGGGCUCCUACUAAACCACAUGAGGACACUGGGCGGAAGGGUGCAUCUUAUCGAGGACCUUGAGACUGGUCAGUUUGAUGAUCCGGAGAACCUGAAGAAUGCCCUGCAGACGUUCAAGAAAAUCGAGAUAAACACGCUGAUGUUGUACAUUUGUUAUUUGGGCCGAGACGACCUUCUACCAAGUAUUCAUGCGGCGGGAGCCGAUCUCAAUCACAGUGAACAGGAGCGCGGACUGACAGGUCUUCAUCUCUGUGCAUAUUCGGAUUGUCUGAAUGGUGUUAAGUACCUGAUAACUCACGGAGCAAACGCCAAUAACUGCAAAAUUCACAGUCCCUUUCACUACGCAGCAUUCGGUAAUUCUUUGGCUGUUGCGAAAUACUUUCUAGAGCUUCACUUCAGUCAGGAUGGUGGGCAUGGCGAUGAGAGUGUUCUUAACGUAGCAGCUAGGAGUAAUUCACAAGACGUUGUUGCACUGUUAGCCCCAAAUAAUCCCUCGUUAAAUCGUUUAGACUCAACCGGUCUUGCGCCAAUUCACUAUGCUGCUGAUCAUACCGAUUCUUCAUGCUUGACAACACUCUUAGACGCCGGAUGUGCUAUUGAUUUGUCAACGAAAAAAGGUGAUACAGCACUGCAUAUUGCUGCUGAAGGUGGAUGCACUGAUAAUGUUGAUAUACUGAUUAAGAAUCAUGCCGAUGUCAGGCUCAAGAAUUAUCGAGGUCAAACAGCACUUCACCUUGCUGCCAGGUCACAUUCAUUGGAAAGCGUUGAGGCACUGUUGCGCAAUGGUUCGUGUGAUCCUAACGUUGAUGAUAAUGAUGGAAGAACAGCCCUGCAUUUUGCCCUUGGUAGGUCACUACUCGCUUACGACGUUACGGAACUUCUAAUUGGAUGGAGAGCGGAUGUUAACAAGGCUGACAAAUAUGGCUAUACCCCGUUACAUGUGGCUGCUUUGAAUGAACUAUCACAGUGUGUUGAUGUUCUCAUUCAAUACGGUGCUGAUCUGAGUGCGAGGACCAAGGGGGGAACAACUGCAUUGUCCAUAAUUCUUCGCAAAACGCCUACAUCAUUGUGCAUGUUCAAGCAGAGACUUGACGCAUCUAUCACACUUCAUCAACAGAGCACGGCUGCAGGAGAAGUGGAAUUGAGAAUUGAUUUUCAUCCUCUUUUGCAACACAAGGGUCAAGGGGAGAUCGGUUACUUAGGGACUUUCGUCAAGGAAGGAUACAAAGAAAUCUUGGAACAUCCCCUAUGUCAAUCCUUUCUGCAUCUCAAGUGGCAAAAGAUCAGGAAGUACUAUGUGGGAAGACUCUUCUUCUACCUGCUGUAUGUCGUAGUUCUGACGUCCUGGGUGAUGACAGCACUCGCUCAUAACUGCUACAAUGAGUCCCACGGACAGGUGGACGAAACAGAGAGUCUCCCUUUGUGCGGCAAUUCUACGGGUCUUAAGGGUUUCUUCCAUCGUCAUCCUGAGGUCCUGGAGGUCGAGUGGUAUGCUUUAGUUGUUCUGACUGUUUUGGAAGGCGUCAGGAAGGCGACUGGAAUCCUGACAUAUCCCUCGGUUCAGCAGUUCUUCAUGCAGCCGGAAAAUAUCGUUGAAUGGUGUGUCAUAGUAAGUGUUUUUGCAACGUCAUUCGUUUACACUGGGAGGACGUACACCUGGCAGAGUCAUGUGGGUGCCUUUGCGGUUUUAUGCGGCUGGAGUAAUCUGAUGCUGAUGAUCGGGCAACUGCCCAUGUUCGGAGCAUAUGUCGCCAUGUUCACGAGUGUUCAAGCACAAGUCUUUAAACUACUACUUGCUUAUGCUUGUCUUCUCGUUGGUUUUACAGCAAGCUUUUGCGUCAUCUUCCCAAGGUCUAAAUCCUUCAGCUCGCCGCAUACAGGUCUCAUUAAAGUUCUAGUGAUGAUGACAGGGGAGUUGGACUUCGAAGAAUUAUUUUUUCCGGGAGAAGAGGAUGUUGGAAGGCAUGUAGACGUGGGUAGUACAUCGUGGAUUCUCCUGCAGGUCUCAGCGCAACUCUCAUUCGUCCUCUUUCUUCUGUUUGUCACCAUUGUUCUGAUGAAUCUCCUGGUGGGCAUUGCGGUGCAUGAUAUUAAGGGGCUGCAGAAGACUGCGGGCCUUGCGAAGCUCGUCAGACAGACGAAACUCAUAUGUGACGUAGAGAGUGCACUUUUACUGGCUCUUCUUCCUCACAAGAUGGUGAAGCUUCUCAGUUGGACGACGCUUGUCCUUCCGUCUCCUUUGAGGGCUGUUCUUACGGUCAGACCCCUCAAUCCCAGGGAGAACAGGCUACCCAGAGAUGUUCUCGCUGCUGCUCAUCGGGUGGCCAAGCAUAAGAAAUUCGUCAGCAAUACUUUGUCAUCGAAGAGAAGCUCUAAUGCUUAUUUAUAUAGGAGAAAAAGCGAGCCUCAAACAGCGUUUCGUUAUAUCGAAAAUAUUAACGCUGAUAUGGAUUAUGAUUUCGAUGGCAGGGUUGCCACUAGACUCCAAGAGAGAAUUAUAGAGUUGACUAGCAUUUGUGAAGCUAAUAGACAAUUAAUUCAGGAACUUGUUACAGUGCUGGCCACUGAUAAGAUAUCUAAUUCAACGGGUAAGGAGAAGGAGGAAGUCAUCGAGGAGGAGAACAACGAGAAAGGGGAAUUUUAUCACUCCGAGUCACAAUACGGAAUGCCGAUGAAAUUUGACAAUCCGUUGUUUAUUGAACCACGUAGGAAUGGACAAAUAGAGAGGAAGUUGAAUAAACUCGACGGAAUGAUCAAUCUUAUUGUCAUCGUUAGUUCAGUAAUCAUUGCUACAAUUCGUAUUUCCCAAGAAGUCGGUUCAAUUGUAGCGGUCAAUAAAGCGGUGCCUCAACUCAUCGUGACGUAUCACCACAGGCUUGACAGUGGUGGAGGCCGACGAAUAAUGGAGGCAGUGGAUCUCCGUGAAUUCGGCGAUAUGGACCCGAAGGGUAUAACUUCAUCGUCAAGACUACGACAUUAUUCCAUGGCAACCCUUACAGACGCCAUGAGAAAUAAUCGAGAUCCUCUGUCGGUGCGAAUGGCCUCGACCUACAGAUCUGCUAGAUUAUCUCGCUCACGUGACAUGCCAGAGAAAGUUAUCGUGACAGAUCCGUCUGAUGAGUCCAUCAAACACGUGGAGAUUGACGCAGGUCAGCCUCCACCAGUCGAUGAAUCCCUUUUCUUCGAUAAUCUGGAGGCCCUGCGCAAUGUUGAAGUGAGUGGGCCGAGUUUGAAGAGUGCUAUGUGGUCUGUAGUCAGUGUUGCGGAGUUGAAGAAGCUGCUGGAGAUGGAACAAGGUGAGAUUGAUGCACCGGAAAUUGAUACUACUGUCCUCGCAGAUUGCGAAGGUCGCUUCAAGAACAUUGCCUACAUAUGGGCAUGCUUCAGAGAUCUAGAUCAUCUCCUCACUAAGCUCGAAGCAGCUGGAGCGCAGAUUGAUUACGUCGAGCCAUGCAUCGGCAUCAACGCCAUCCUGGCGGCCUCUUUAUCAGGAAGUAUUGCUUGCCUCAAACAUCUCAUUGCACGCGGGGCUGAUGUUAAUUACGCGAGUGGUAGCAGUAAUUACACCCCCCUGCACUUCGCGGCCUUUGGAAACUCUCGGGAGGCCGCUGAAGUUCUGUUGGACAACGGGGCCAAGUUGUACAUAAAUGCGAAUCUCCAGGACACUGAACCAGUCCUUCAUUGCGCCAUUCGUGCACGAUCGCUGGAGGUCGUGAUCCUUCUUCUUGAGAGAGGGGCCAGCGUUGUCCUGAAAAAUCAUCACGGUGAGACACCUCUUCACGUGGCUUGUUUUGUUCAGGAUCUUCCUUGUGUCGAAGCCAUUCUCAACACUCCGGGGACUGACGUUAAUGCUGUUGAUCGCGCUCACCGGACACCCCUUCACUUUGCAGUGAUGACAACAGGAUCUUCCGCGGAAUUGGUGGAAUUAUUAUUGAAGCAUGGAGCCAAUGUCAAUGCAAGUGACAAGGUUGGCUUCACGCCUCUUCAUAUCGCAGCUCUCAAUGAACAAAGUCAGUGUGUCGAUACCCUCAUCUGGGCGGGGGCUGAUGUCAGUGCAACUACCGGCACUGGUCUCUCCGCUUUGAACGUCAUUCUUCGAAAGAUUCCCGAGUCUCUUCAAGUAUUCCGACAGCGGCUGGAUGCAUCCAUCAGGCUCAAACGACCUGUCCCUCACAACCGGGAAUUCGAGAUGCGGUUGCACUUCGAUCUGCUCUUCCCCAGCAACAACCCCUGUGAAACGAGCUUCAUAAACACUUUUGUCCAAGAACGCCGGAAGGAUCUGCUGUCCCAUCCCCUCGUGAUGGCGUUCCUCCACCUCAAAUGGGAGAAAAUCCGCAAGUUCUAUCUCAUGAGGAUCUUCUUGUACGCGAUGACUGUCAUCUGCAUGACAACUUAUGUCUUGACAGCCCUUGCCUAUAAGUGCUACAACUACGCUGACACUGGCGCGUCGAAGGUCUGCGGGAGCAAGCGAUUGACAGGCUUUCUUUUCAGAAAGACUGUCAUUGAGAUCGAGUGGUACCUCUCCCUGUUUCUGACUUGUAUCACAAUACCCAGGAAGAUCUUUGGCUUCAUGGUGCACAAGUCAGCAAGGCAGUACUUCUCGAGUAUCGAUAAUGUUCUCGAUGGAGUCGUCAUUCUCAGUGUCUUUAUGACGUCAUUUGUCUACACUGGGAAGACGUACGACUGGCAGAACUACGUCGGUGCCUUCGCCAUCCUCUGUGCCUGGACCAACCUUAUGCUGAUGGUGGGACAACUGCCGGCAUUCGGAACGUAUGUGGCCAUGUUCACGCACAUACAAUUCGAAUUCGCAAAACUUCUUCUCGCUUAUUCUGGGCUACUCAUCGGAUUUACAAUCAGCUUUUGCGUGAUUUUUGUUGGCGAGCCAUCCUUCGGCAAUCCAUUUACAGGAUUGAUCAAGGUGCUUGCGAUGAUGGCCGGCGAGCUGGACUUCGAGGGGCUGAUCAACCAGUCUGACCAGAUUACCGAUGGGCCCUUUGUUUUGUACCAUCCGUUGUCGGUGUGCUCGCAAAUUCUUUUCACUCUUUUCCUGGUCUUUGUGACAGUGAUCCUGAUGAAUCUCCUCGUAGGCAUUGCUGUUCAUGAUAUUCAGGGCCUGAGGAAUCACGCGGGACUGACGAAACUCGUCAGGCAAACGAAACUCAUCCUCUUCACGGAGAUGGUGCUGAACAAUAAUGCAAUUCCCUUCACCUUCAGAAAGUGGAUGUCUGAUCAUGAUAUCGAUAUGGAGAACAGGAAGAGGGUGUUGGUGGUCAAGCCUCUCAAUCCUCUUGAGAAGAGACUCCCGAAGGAAAUUCUCAAGACUGCUUACGAGGUUGCCCAGCGGAAUGCACCUAUCGUCGAUGAUGACAGCAUCAGUCUCAGUCAACAUGUCACAUGGAUGAAGCAGCAGAGUAAUGAUACAGCGGAGUGUGAAGUUCAAAGCACUAUCAAUCAAAUAUCCAGUGGGGUCAGGGCUAAUGAGGCGGGACUCAAAGUCAUCAAGGCGCAAAUGCUCGAUAACAAUAAAAUGCUGGCCGAUAUUUUAUCCAAAAUCACGAAUAACAAAAGAUGAUGGGAAUACAAAUUUACUCAUUUUAUUUAGUGAAGAUUAUCUUUUGCAUUUAUUACGUAAUCAUAAUUUAUUAUUGUUAGAGCAAAUACUUCUCUGGAAUUAAGUAAUCUCUAGGGUUGAGUAGACGAGAGGUUUAUGAUGUUCUUUAUUAUUUUUGAUCAUAUUUCCAUUAAUAUUUUCGGGCAUGGAAAAUAGCAUUGACGUUGAAGCUACUGUGGAGGGAAGUGGACCCACUGGUCAGGCUGGGGCUAUUCGAUGGGGCAUUGCCUGGGGUCUUCGCAGCUUUGUGGAUGCG